CUGCCAAUAGCAGUGGCCGAUACCUACGACACACACGGAGCUGGAGAAUCAAAUUCGAAAGGCAUGGGACGAACUGGCGCGAAACUCACCAUAACCGAUGGCGCCGAGGAUGGCGGCGAUUAUGAGCCACAGCAGCACGCCGGCGAUGAAGCGCAAGAGGAGGAGGAAGAUCAAGCUGAUCACCAUCGAGAUUGCCAUGCCACUGCCACGGCAAAGACAUUUGCUGGUCACAUCAUGAGGAUCCAUUCCCAGGAAGCGGCUAAGUCCUCAAAGACCUUUGCGCUAAUAUCUUUAGCGCGCAUGGCAAUGCUGAGAGAAGACAUGGUCAGCGUCAUCACUCGUCGAAGAUGGCGGAGAGCUUACACAAUAGUUGGAAUCAAGACACACACGUCACGAGCUGUGACGAGUUAAAGCGUUUGUCUGUUAGCAGCUAACAUUCCUUCACUGGACUCCUCCGAGAGCUGUCGGACAAAAGAAAGAUUCCGAAAGCUCACCAUAAUACACGGAUGGAACGACCGUCUUCCGAGCCAUGGCACUCUUCAAACGGCACCGAUGCAGCGCCGUCGUCGCCUUGGACCCGGGGACCGCAUAUGAUGAGGUCCCGCGUUCAAGUCCCACUGCGUGACAAGCAGUACCGACGCUACGUACGAGCUUUGGCCGAGAAAGGAUGAGGGCUGCAAACGAGGGGAGAGGAAAAUGAGGAUACGCUUGUGGAAAGGAGUUUGUAGCAUUAUUGUUGUUACCAUGGUUACCAGUUUGAUGGUGGCGUACAACAGGAGAUCUGGUGGUGACACAUCAUCCUCGCCACAAUCAUUAGCAUCCUCCUCCCGACACAAAGAAGGUCCUAUGUCUGCCAUGAGAAAGAGACCAAGGAUGGUAUCAACGCUAGGUGGCUACACAGGUGUCAUGGACCGCAAGACCCUCAAGAUGCACUGUGGGACGUGCGCCCUCGUCACCAGCUCGGGUCACCUCACGGGCGGAGAGAGGGGCCCCGAAAUGGACCGCGCCGACUGCGUCAUCCGUAUGAACGACGCCCCCAGCGUGGGCUACGAGCGUGACGUGAGCCGGCGUACCACUCUCCGUGUAGUGGCGCAUUCCAGCCUGCAGCGGCUGCUACGCAAGCAACGGGAGCUGCUCAACGCCACCCAAGGCACGGUGUUUGUCUUCUGGGGACCGAGCAACUGCAUGAGACGCGACGGCAGAGGCCACGUGUUCAACCAUCUGAAGAUAUUGAACCAGCAGCUGCCCAGUCUCAAACUUUAUAUCAUUUCUCGACUCCAAAUGAUGGCAUUUGAUGAACUUUUCAAAAAUGAAACCGGCAUUGACAGGAAAAGUUCCAACACCUGGCUGAGUACUGGCUGGUUCACGAUGGCCAUGGCCUUGGAGCUAUGUGACAGGAUCAACGUUUAUGGCAUGGUGCCACCUGACCACUGCAGAUCCCCUUCCAGUCCGUCAGUGCCGUAUCACUACUACGAGCCGUCCGGCCCCACCGAGUGCACCAUGUACCUGUCUCACGAGAGAAGCCGACGAGGGAGUCACCACCGCUUCAUCACAGAGAAGAUGAUCUUUGCCAACUGGGCUCAGAGCCUCGACAUCCAUUUCUACCAGCCGGACUGGAAGCCUAAAGCGCCAGUGAAAGUCUCCAGUGCCAUUCAGACUGGAUCUUGAGAUGCUUGCGAGAUUCCCACUUGGACCAAACUUUGUUUUGAUCAUUAAAUAUUACAAUACA